ACCGACUUCCGGUAUCCUGAGACUUACGCAAACGCGCGCAGCCUGUUAGCUGCCGGGAGGUGAUCAUGGGAGAGGUCUCGGAGAGGACCCUGCAGGUGGCCGUGGUGGUCUCUUUUGCCGUGGGCUUCCUGACGGGCUGGCAGGCCAACAGGAUGAGGAGGAAGUUCCUGGACUGGAGGAAGAAGCGGCUGCAGGACAAGCUGGCGGAGACGCAGAAGAAGCUGGACUUGGCUUGAACGGUUGGCCGUCUGCUCCGUGAAGCUGGUUCAUCUCGUUUGUCCUUCUUCGUGUUUGGUCUCACCACACCUUCCAAAACAAGUCUGAUCCUGAGACGCGCCUGGCUUCCCCUGAAGUAACCUCUACAGAAAGAAAGAAAGAACGAAAGAAAGGAAGAGACGUCUUUUGUGGACAUGUACAAGUUGGACAUUUGUCUUUGUAACACUUGGACUUUUUCAUAUAUGAGCAAAUAAAUUAUUCUAUUUUUUUUCCCUUUGUUGUUGUUUGAAGGACAUUAUUUGACAUGAGGUUAAACACAAUAAUGUUGACUAAUACAGCAAAAAGGAUAUCCUGCUUUAUCUCAUUUACUGUACGGUGUAGUUAAUACGGAUUGAACAAAUUUAUAUACACACA